CUCGAGCAGUGUUAAUGUUUCAAUGCCCCAGUUGUUGUUCAGGUGUGGGCGAGGGCGAGUUGGCCAAAGUCAGCCAGAAGGUGAACUUGAAAUUUUUCAGGCCACAGGGGGAGUGGUAGUAGCAGGUGCUAAAGUUGAAGGCAGUCGAAACUUUCAAUAAAUCGAUGCCUUCACACAGGAUAUUGUUGCCAUGGCAAUCCAAAGUCCUUUGCGGGGCCAAACAUGUCAGAACCAUCGUAGUGAAGCUUAUAAACAAUUGCGGCGGAUGCCAGUCAAACAGUAAAAUGGGAAUGUUGCACAAUUUGGCCGAUUUGAUUAAAAUCAAAAAGGACAAAAUGACGAUUCUAGUGCUGGGCCUGAACAACAGCGGCAAAUCCACGAUAAUCAACCACUUCAAGAAACCGGGUGACCAGUCAGCCAUUAUGGUUCCCACAGUGGGCUUUAUGGUGGAGCAGUUUUACAGCAUGGCAGGAGUUAGCAUAAAGGCGAUCGAUAUGUCGGGCGCCACACGCUACAGGAACCUUUGGGAGCAUCAGUUCAAGAACUGCCAGGGGAUUAUAUACGUCAUUGACUCCAGUGAUCGCAUGAGAUUCGUUGUGGUGAAAGAUGAGUUGGAUCUGGUGCUACAGCAUCCCCAUUUGUGCAAUCGAACUGUGCCAAUUCUUUUUUAUGGAAACAAAUCGGACGCAGAGGAUUCCCUAUCCAGCGUCAAAAUAGCAGCAGCUCUCAGUUUGGAAAACAUCAAGGAGAAACCCUGGCACAUCUGCUCCAGCAAUGCUAUAUCCGGCGAGGGCCUCGGCGAAGGUGUCCAGUGGCUGGUCCAGCAAAUGCGGUUCGCCAUGCUAAGCAACAAGGACGCCUCCAAAGCCAAGUCCAAGCAUAGCAAAUGAUGCUCAAAGCCUGCGAAUGUUUCUUGAGUUAAAUAAAAGGGUUAUUUUUAAACAAGGAA